AAAACAAAGAUUCUUUCUCGCCCAUUUCUGGUUGAAAAACAGCUACUGGAUGGCUCAACUGGUCAGAGCACCACCAGCAUCAACAAUCUGGUUUCAUCCAAAACUAUUUUCUGGGAAUUCCAGGACCAGGAUGGCAUUCAAUCCCAUCAACACAACACCUUUCUUAAACAACAGGAAGCUUCCCAUUUUGUUGUUUGACAUCAUGGACACCAUCGUUCGCGACCCUUUUUACCAUGAUGUCCCUGCCUUCUUCGGAAUGUCUUUGAAGGAACUAAUCGAAUGCAAGCAUCCAACUGCAUGGAUGGAAUUUGAAAAUGGGGUGAUUGAUGAGGAGGAGCUAGAAGCAAAAUUCUUUAAAGAUAGAAGGCCUUUUGAUUUGCAAGGCCUCAAAAAUUGUAUGAGAAGAGGGUAUACCUACUUAGAAGGAGUCGAAGAGUUGCUUCAAGACUUGAAGAAAAACAAUUAUGAAAUGCAUGCUUUUACAAAUUACCCCAUCUGGUACAAAAUAAUCGAGGAAAAGUUAAACAUUUCAAAGUAUUUGUCAUGGACAUUUUGUUCAUGCAUGUAUGGGAAGAGGAAGCCUGAUCCUGAUUUCUAUUUGGCUGUCGUAGAACAUCUUCAAGUUGAUCCAGGAAGCUGUAUAUUCAUUGAUGACAGGAUAAAAAACGUGGAGGCUGCUGUAGGAGUCGGCAUUACUGGUCUUCAGUUUAAGAACUCGGAUUUACUACGCCGAGAUCUUGUACGAUUGGGGGUUGAAAUUCCGAUAGAUGGACAGUGAAGAUCAGCUUAAGCCUUCAGAAUGAAGGCCAUGUAUGUUUCAUUCUUUGUAUGGAGUAUUCUUGGAAUAAGCUCUGUAUUUUAUAUCACCCUAUGAAAAAGCUUUUCUCCAGGUUUUUCAUCCUUGAUGACCUCUUAUCCACUGGUUUUCUUUUUUCACUUAAAGAAUUCAACUCUUUGUUCA